AUGAACACCUUCGACAAAAAAAUCGUGGUUCCGGAUUUGCUGUUUGAAAACUCUUUUCUCCGGUCACUCCAGCGAUAUGCAGACGCCUCAGUUGGCAAGCAAAGUGGGCCCUUAGCAGACUCCGAAUUGGCCCUCUCCAACGAUCAAAGCAACAAUUCAAACGAACCUGGACAUUUGAAUCCUGUCGGCGUGAUCACCCCAGGCAUUGUGGUGUAUGCAGUGAUCAAAGACAUUAUGCUUCGGCCGCUUUUGGAAGGGUUUCUGUGGGCACUCACUUUGAUGCUUUUUCGCCCGGCGUUGCGCCUCGUAGCCGCCCAGGGCCGCCAUGUGGGGACCUGGUUGGCCACCAUGUUGGGACGGCCUCCGAGAAGAUGGGCUUUGUGA